GGCGGUUGUUGAUAUUCUGUCGUCUUGCUCUGUACUGAAGUGUAUGUUUACAGUCGUCUUUGUGUUUUAUAUUUACAUAUUACUGAUCUUCAUUAUAAACAGAUUUUUUUGCUUUAAAUUUCACGAAGUUCACAGUGGAAUAGAAGAGAUUUCCUGAUGAAAAAAUGUUCACAAUUAAUCCUAAGAAUUUUCAACAUAACAAAUUUACAUUGAAAUACUCCUGCCAAUUCUUCAGCUGUUUAUCUGCAUAUUACAUGGGUUCAACGGAGAAAGUUAGCAACGAGCAUUUCUACAUCUUUCAAAAACUACCUCAAGAGUUGCUUCUGAAGUGGGAAAGUGUUUGUGAACUAUCACCAGAUAUGAACUGUGCUACUUAUUUUGUUUGCGAAAAUCAUUUUUUCGAAGAAGAUUUUAUGAAUAAAACUAGGCAGUGGCUAAACAGAGGUGUGUUUCGAAAACAUGUAGCAAUUGUUUCUAGUGAAGUUGCUAGUAUCAGCAGUAAAUCAGGUGAAACUGUUGUUAAUUGUGAAUUAGGGCUACGAAGCACUAGUGGUUCUAUGGCAAGUGCUCAUUAUGCAGCUGCUAAUACCAUAAGUGAAACUGGUGUUAAUGAGCUACAAAGCUUUAGUGGUGCUGUGGCAAGUAGUUUUCAUGCAGCUGUUAGUACCAGAAGUGGAUCUGGUGAAACUAGUGUUAACAGUGAAUUAGGCCUACCAAGCAUUAGUGGUGCCAUGGAAUAUCUUUAUUAUAGAGAUGCCAAUACCAGAAAUGAAACUGGUGUUAGUGAAUUACCUAGCACUAGUUGUGCUGAGGAGAGUAAUUCAUUGAGUGAUGCCUCUCUUAAAUUUUUUAUCUCCCCUCAAAAUGUAUCUGCAGACGGCGAGUACACAUUCUUAUCUGAAACAUUUUGUAGUGAGGAAAGUGGAGUUUUAGGUACACAGGUUUCAGAAUCAGACUUAACUCCAAGAAAAUCAAAAAUGUAAAAGACUCAUGAGAAUACUCUAACAAGGCUAUCAAAACUGAAAACAGAGCUACAUCAUGGAAAAUCAGAACUAAAAACACAAUGAGAUUUAUAUGACAGUAAUACUUUCUGUUUCACAGAAACUAAUUUAAAUUCUGUAGCCAAACAUUUCAUAAACACUCAAUUAAGUAAUGAUCAUCGAUCAGGAAAUGCAAGGUGAUGAGCAUUUGCUUUAUCCUUAUACGAGUGAAGUCUCCACCUACACAGAUAUUUGUCAGUUCAUGUUUAUCUUCCUUCUAUGAGGCAUCUGAAACCUAUUGUCUUCUAUACCUUUUGAACGACAAUUGAAUACUUCUGUGAUGAAUGUAAUAAAAGCAGAAGUCAGAAGUUGAGACAAUGAUCAAUAGUGAUAAAUAUUGUGCUUUGUUGUUUUAUGAAAUGUCUUUGAAGAGAGGGUUGCAGUGUGAUGUAGGCAAACUAGAAAUUUUAGGAUUUCAAAAUUUAGGUCAUUUGGGAAGGUCAAAUGUGCAAGCAAACCAUGCAUUAGUUUUCAUGAUUAGAAGCUUACAUGAAAACUGGAAGCAUGUUGUUGCUUAUUACUUCACUCAGAACUCAGUUUCAAGUAUCACUUUAAAAAGUCUUAUUCAAAAUGGUUCAAAUGGCUCUGAGCACUAUGGGACUUAACAUCUAUGGUCAUCAGUCCCCUAGAACGUAGAACUACUUAAACCUAACUACCCUAAGGGCAACACACAACACCCAGCCAUCAUGAGGCAGGGAAAAUACCUGACCCCACCGGGAAUCGAACCCGGGCGUGGGAAGCGAGAACGCUACCACACUACCAUGAGAUGCGGGCAAAAGUCUUAUUACCUGUGUCAUAAGGCAGUUGCUAUAAAUAGGGCAAAAUGUUGUUAGGACAGUUUAUGACCAGGGUGCAACCAUCCAGAGAGCACUGAAUGAUCUCCACUGUGAGAAAUUUACUGCGUCCAGUUCAUUUCUUAGUCAGUGAUGAACCUAUUGCAGUAAUUUAUUAUGUCUAUUAGAGAGUGCUAGAAAUGCUUUGCUAGGAAAUAAAAUACAGUCUGGAUCUAAGAAAGAGGCCAGUUUUAAAUUUAUUCUGAGGACUUUUCCUCUGGAUCAGCAGAAGAUGUUUGAGAUGUUGCCAAAAUUACAGAGGAAUUACUUUGAAUUUAAGGAUUCUUUUAAUAAAAUUAAAGUUAGAGUAGCUGCAGCCCAGCUUGGUCAUACAGUUGCCACAGUUAUUGAAACUUAUGAUGCAUUUAAUAUUUUACCUGCUGAUUCAAUAUACACUGCAGAAUUUGUUGGAAAGAUGGAGUACUUUUUCGAUCCACUGAACAGUUCCCAUUAUUAUAAACAAGAUGGCAAAUCUUAUAAAUGUGCCCUCUCUGUUGACUUCUCAUGUCUUGAAAUGUAGUAUAGUCUGUUAAAGGAAAUGGAAAACAGGAAAGUGUUGGAGCAAGGCACAAGGAGAGACAGAACAAAAAUUUCUGGCAGACAACAAUAGAAUCACUGAGGUUCAUUUGAAAUAGAUUUAAAAAUUGGCUUUAAUUUUUUAAGCAUGAGAGCUUUCAGUCAAAACCCACUGCAGAAUGUAUUUUGUUGUGUGAGACAGCAUGGUGUUGCGAACACCAACCCAACUUGCUUUCAUUUCAAAGCAGCAUUGAAAACAGUUGUUGUCAAUAACAUGUCCUUACUGGUAAAUUCACUAGGUAAUUGUAAGGAUGAUAGAUGCAUGCCAUUAAGCAAUUUAAGGCAAUUUUUGGGAGCAGGUACUGAUAGCUUUCUUGAUUCCACAACAGACCCAUUCCAUUAUUGAUCAAAGUCCUUUAUACAGUGCCUUUGCUGAUAAUGAAGUUGCUACUACUACUACUACUACUGCUACUGCUGCUGCUGCUGCUGCUGGUGGUGGUGGUGGUGAAGGAUAUGAUGUAAUAAAUGAUAGACAAGCACUAGCAUAUGUAGCUGGUUACAUUCUACAAAACACUUGAAAGCAAAUGUAGUGUCUGUAAAACAAGUCAGUUGGCACCAACACCCACAGAAUAUCAUUUGUUCACAUGUUUCAAGGAAUAUGAUGCUUUAAACCCAUAAUUAUUGUUUGUUAGUAAAAGCUUAAUAUCCUUUAUGGCAAAAGUUCAUAGUCAGUUGCAUGCAUUUUUAGACAAAUGUGAACAGCAGGAAAAAUUGGAGAAUACAUUCUAUUUGGUGUUUAAGUUUAUAGAAAAAAUUUAAUUUUUCUUAACAGUAUAUUUUAAGAAAAUGUGUACCUCUUUUGAUUUAUAAGUAUGUGAGAGGUUGGAAACACGCCAUUGAUAAUAAGAUUAAUGUUGUUAAAAAUAAAACUAGUAAAAGGUUUAAAGCUGUAUAACAGUUAAGAGAAAAAUUUUAUUUUGUGCUUGAGAAAUAAAAAGUAAGUUUUGUUUUCA